AUUUUCGUCCUCUUCUGCUCAAGAUGGUGGCCUCCCGGGCGAUAGGCAGUCUCAGUCGCGCCACUGCCUCCAGGAUGCUCCGCUGCCCAGGUUAUAUUUGCCACAACUUUUCAGGGUCCUCUGCUUUGCAAACCAGAACCCAUAUUAACUAUGGAGUCAACGGGGAUGUGGCUGUUGUUCGAAUUAACUCACCCAAUUCAAAGGUAAACACACUAAAUAAAGAACUGCAGUCAGAGUUCGUGGAAGUAAUGAAUGAAAUCUGGACUAGUGAUCAAAUCAGAAGUGCUGUCCUUAUCUCAUCGAAGCCAGGCUGCUUUAUUGCAGGUGCUGACAUUGGCAUGUUAGCCUCUUGCAAGACCCCUGAAGAGGCAACACAAGUAUCACAGGAAGGACAGAGAAUGUUUGAGAAACUUGAGAAGUCCACAAAGCCUAUUGUGGCUGCCAUCAGUGGAACCUGCUUAGGAGGAGGACUUGAGCUUGCCAUUUCCUGCCAAUAUAGAAUAGCAACCAAAGAUAGAAAAACAGUAUUAGGUACCCCUGAAGUCUUGCUGGGCAUCUUACCAGGAGCAGGAGGCACACAAAGGCUGCCCAAAAUGGUGGGUGUACCUGCUGCUUUUGACAUGAUGCUGACUGGUAGAAACAUUCGUGCAGACAGAGCAAAGAAAAUGGGACUGGUUGACCAAUUGGUGGAACCGCUGGGACCAGGAUUAAAACCUCCAGAGGAGCGGACAAUUGAAUACUUAGAAGAAGUUGCAGUCACUUUUGCCAAAGGACUAUCUGAUAAGAAAAUCUCUAUAAAGAGAGACAAGGGAUUAGUAGAAAAAUUGAUGUCAUAUGCCAUGAGUAUUCCAUUUGUUAGGCAACAGAUUUACAAAAAGGUGGAAGAAAAAGUACGAAAACAGACCAAAGGCCUUUAUCCUGCACCUCUGAAAAUAAUUGAUGUGGUAAAGACUGGAAUUGAGCAAGGGAAUGAUGCUGGCUAUCUCUCUGAAUCUAAGAAAUUUGGAGAGCUUGCAAUGACCAAAGAAUCGAAGGCCUUGAUGGGACUUUAUCAUGGGCAGGUCCUGUGUAAGAAGAAUAAAUUUGGAGCUCCACAGAAGGAAGUGAAGCACCUAGCCAUUCUUGGUGCAGGGCUGAUGGGAGCCGGCAUUGCCCAGGUGUCUGUGGAUAAGGGCCUGAAGACCAUACUUAAAGAUGCUACACUAGCCGGGCUGGGCCGAGGACAGCAACAGGUGUUCAAAGGAUUGAAUGAUAAAGUGAAGAAGAAAGCUCUAACAUCAUUUGAAAGGGACUCCAUUUUCAGCAACUUGACUGGGCAGCUCGAUUACCAGGGUUUUGAAAAGGCUGACAUGGUGAUUGAAGCUGUUUUUGAGGACCUUAGUCUUAAGCACAGAGUGCUAAAGGAAGUAGAAGCGCUGAUUCCGGAUCACUGUGUCUUUGCCAGUAACACAUCUGCUCUCCCAAUCCGUGAAAUUGCUGCUGUCAGCAAAAGACCCGAGAAGGUGAUUGGCAUGCACUACUUCUCUCCUGUGGACAAGAUGCAGCUGCUGGAGAUCAUCACAACCGAGAAAACGUCUAAGGACACAACCGCUUCGGCGGUAGCCGUUGGGCUCAAGCAGGGGAAGGUCAUCAUUGUGGUUAAGGAUGGACCUGGCUUCUACACCACCAGGUGUCUCGCACCCAUGAUGUCUGAAGUCCUUAGGAUCCUCCAGGAAGGAGUUGAGCCUAAGAAGCUGGAUUCCCUUACCACAAACUUUGGCUUUCCUGUGGGUGCUGCCACACUGGUGGAUGAAGUGGGUGUGGAUGUAGCAAAACACGUCGCGGAAGAUCUGGGCAAAGCCUUUGGGGAGCGGUUUGGAGGUGGAAGCCUAGAACUGCUGAAGCAGAUGGUGUCCAGGGGCUUCCUGGGUCGCAAAUCUGGGAAGGGCUUUUAUAUCUACCAGGAGGGUGUGAAGAAUAAGAAUGUGAAUUCUGACAUGGACAGUAUUUUGGCAAGUCUGAAGGUGCCCCCAAAGUCUGACGUCUCCUCCGACGAAGACAUCCAGUACCGCCUGCUGACCAGAUUCGUGAAUGAGGCCGUCCUGUGCCUGCAGGAAGGGAUCUUGGCCACACCCGCAGAGGGAGACAUCGGAGCCGUCUUCGGGCUCGGCUUUCCCCCAUGUCUUGGAGGGCCCUUCCGCUUCGUGGAUCUGCACGGUGCUCAGAAGAUAGUGGACCGGCUCAGGAAGUACGAGGCCGCCUACGGAAAACAGUUCACCCCGUGCCAACUGCUCAUCGACCACGCUAACAGCCCUGACAGGAAGUUCUGCCAGUGAGCGGGCCCCCGCCCAGCCAGCGGCGCUGGUUCUCUGGCAGAGUGGCAUCUAGACGCAUCAGAGGAACCGGAAGGCAAACAAACUCUGGCACUGGGUGUGCGCCCUGACCAAAGUGCCUUCAGUUAGGACAGUCUCUCCCUCCUGUUGAAGUGUGGCUGUGAAUGAGUUUGCACCUCACGUUAGGAGGAACCCGUAAGUCCCGACACCCCGAGUGCCGGCGUCUCCAGAGCUGACUUGCCGCCUGCUCCGCCGGGGCCGGUGGUGGCCGGUGGCGGCCCGGGCAGUUCUGCACCCAGCCACCUGUGUGAUAACAAUAAAAACCAAACUCUGA